AGUCAAUAGGUUGCGAUUGCGAGCGUCAGACAGAGCACCAUGAAUUCUCUACCACCCACCAUCAUUUCCUCUAUUUGAAGCUAUCCCCCCGGUUCCUCCAUUUCUAUCUCUUAGUAAGCCCCGUUGAACGAAUUCUGCUCGAGCCGCACAUUGCUGUCAUCAUCCUACACGUCUCACGCCGGGAUACAUCAGAGGCGAGCGUCCCACCAUGGCCGCAUUUCAUGGAUCCCCUCCGGGUAGUGCUCCCCGAGACGUGGAGGGACCGGCGGAACGACCCGCCGCAACUCUCGGCGCGCGUCAUUAUCAGCAAGUCUUCCGCGCGAAAGGCGGCGGCCACCGGAGGGAGAACAAUUUUCCGCCAGCAGUGCUGCAGCGCCGGAAUGCCGCCGCCGAUGACGGCGGGUCAACUGCCGGCGCGGCCUCGCCGCGCGUUAGUAGUAACUCGGAGUCGGAAACCGAUGUCAGCCGCUCAGCCGCAAACGCCGUCGCAAACUCCGCUGGCUCCGUCGCCGCCGCGUCGGGCUUGUUAAUGCAGCCGCGCCGCCAUUCUCUCGAGGCGUGCUUUCGCACCGUGAAGUUCGAGCCGCGGAUGUCGCUGCUCUCCGCGACUCCCGCCGCGACUUCCGCUGCCGACGGCGCCGCCGUUGCCGCUGCAGACGAAGACAGACGUGAGAACGCGGAACGGGCAUGCAGCAGCGGCAGCGCCAGCAGCAGCGGCAGCAGCAGCAGUACCCCUACUGAUGUCAUUAAUGUUACAAGUACUGCGAGUGCUUCUUGCAGUGAGUUACCCUCUACGACUCCGACUCGAGGGAGCCAUAACAGCUUGCUCGACGCGUUACCCGACGACGUUCUCAUCGAUAUCCUCGCCGCGCUCGGCUCCGCGCGACACGUGGCAGCGACCGGCGCAGUCUGCCGUCGAUGGUACCGCCUCGUGCCGUCGGUUCCCUCCCUCGCCUUCGCCCGCAUCGCGCUACCCCCGGCUAAAAUCGAAGAGAUUGUAUCGCGCAUGGUGCUGCGUUCGCAGGGACUCUCAGCUCUCCACGUGGAGACCGUGAGUUGCGGCGGGAUUCCCGGCGGCAGCGGCGGUAGCGGCGGCACCAGCAACACACAUCCACGCGAGUUCAUAGUUGAAGCGUGGGCGCGCCACGCUGGCACCUCCCUCCGCCACGUCACAUUCACGCAGCUGAAGACCGUCAAUGCCGCCGGCUCCUCCGCCGCAUCAUCCGCCGGGAACUCCGGCGGUUCGAGCUGCACGGUUUACGCGGGCGGUCCGGACCUCACCUGUCAUCUGCAGCACCUCGCGUUGCACUGCCCCAAUCUCGACUCAAUGCGCCUCGGCUCUUUCACACUCGCGCCACAUUCCCUCCGCGGACUUUCCGCCUUCCCCCACCUUCGCGGAAACUCCGCGUUUCCGCAUCUGCGCGCGCUCUCCCUCGAAUGGACCAACCUGCCGGCUUCCGCGCUCCAAUCGCUGCUCGACGCGUGUCCCAACCUCCGUCACCUCUCCAUCUUCAUGGCGGCAGGGCUCACCGCGCAAACCGCCGCGUAUCCCGCCGGCUUUUACGCCGCGCGCCGAGCCGCGGGGGGCGCGGGAGCCGCAGCGGCGGCGGCGGCGGGGGGAGUCCCCGCGGGGCUGUGCUUCCGCCUGCCCGCGCAGUUGGAGUCUGUCGAGCUCGCGUAUCUGCGCGUAUCCGCCCUCACCCUUAUCUGCAACGAGGCUGUCUGUACUGAGGACAAUAAUAUAGGCCGCAGCGGCGGCGCUCGCGGCGGCCGCAGUGGCGGCGGCGGUGGGGGCCUGCGCGAGGUGUCCAUCCGGGAUAUGUUUCUCUCCGCGCUCUCCCUCCCCAACGCCCGCGCGCUCGCGUCGCUCUCCGUCGCCACUGCGUCCACGCUCCGCCUCUCCGCGCCCGCUUCCGCCGCGCUUGCGGCGCUCGAGGUGCGCGCGGGUGCCGUCCACUGGCCAUCACUCGAGGCGGUCGUCGCGGGCGCCGGAGCGGCGCUCAAGCACCUCGCGCUGGAUCUCUUCACUGUCGGAUGUGGCGGCGCUCCGCGCGGCGACGCGACUGGCGGAAGCGCCUUCGGGUUUCCGCCGCGGGGAAACUCUGCGGGAGGAGGGGCGACGGACGUGGGGGCAGGAGCAGGAGCAUGGACAGGGGCAGGGGCGGGAGGAUUUUCCGCACCAGCUGCUGUGGCUACGGGCAGCAGGGGGGGUCUAGAUUUGCUAAAUCUCAAUUGGCUCGUGGGCCAUUGCCCUAAUCUCGCCUCCCUCUCCUUCGGCCCUCUCCCUUGGGAAUGUCUGAUUCGCGGAGGCCGUUUUGCCGCUUCUGGUUGGGCUCCUGGCUCGGAAUCAGGCUCGGCUGGUGGUAAUUGGGAAGGAGGUUCGGGUGUGGGAGGCUCGGCUGAGGGUCAGGUGACGCUGAGUCGCGUGAUGAACCCUGCUGAUGUAGGCGUUUGGCCGAGCCAGCUGGAGAAUCUUUCGGUGAAGCUUCGGGGGAGGAGUGGAGCUACACUGCUUUGGAUUGGUGCAUUCAUGCAGCAGUGCGAGGGGAGUCUGAGGAGUGUGAAAGUGGUGUGUAUGGAGGAUAGUGAUAAUGAGGAGGAGGAUGAUGAGGACUGGAGUGGAAGUGAGAGUGAGGAGGAGGAAGAGCACGAGGAAAUGGAGUGUGGGGAUGAAGGAAUUGGGGAGGAAUGGGAUGAGGAGGAAAGUGACGGUGAGGAGGAGGAGGAGGAGGAGGAGGAGGAGGAGGAGGAGGAGGAGGAGGAGGAGGAGGAGGAGGAGGAGGAGGAGGAGGAGGAGGAGGAGGAGGAGGAAGAGGAAGAAGACAGAGAGUGUGGUCAAGAGUGCUACACGUGCAGGCGGAAUCACGAGGAGCAGGAGCAGGAGGACGAAGAAUGGGACUCGGAAGAUGAGGAAGAAGAGUACGGAGCCGAGGCAGGUGCUGCUGUGAUGUCUCAUACCGGAAGACACACUCCUUCCCGAAAUUCUUUCAGGCGGCACCUUGGCAGCCACAGCAACAACCAGCUGCUGUGCUGCCAGAGGGGCCAGCAGGGCCGGCAGCGAUGCAGCCAGCUGCCUGUGAUGCGAAGAGCGCUGAGCAGCAUGCGUGGCAGCAACAGCAGCGCCAGGAGCGGCAGCGGUGGCAGCAGUGGCAGCAAUGCUAACAGCGCCGCUGCUGGUACUUCAGGUUACUCUCCCAUGAGAGAGCAGACUGCGAGCAGUGCCAAGCAGAGGCUGAUUGCAGCGCGAGUUUUCUUCAGCUCUGCUCUGGAUGCCCUUCAAAGAACGUUCCCACGUGUAGAUGUACUUGCUCCAUGCUCAUGAGCAUAACAAGCUUGUUUGAUUAUUCUC